AUGUUUUUAAGUUUUUUGUCGGACCUUGGUGAAGAAUUUGGUAAGAGAUUCAAAGACUUUGCCGAAAUUGGAAAACUGUCUCAAUUUUUAAAAAAUCUGUUUGAAGUUUCUCCGACUGGAGAAUGGAUUGACGUUGCUACAAAAUUAUUCAGACUUCCAAAAUCUUCACUUCAAAUGGAAAUUAUUGAUUUGCAAGAAGAUAUCUCAUUGCAAAUGAAUAAGACUUUGUCUACUGAAGAUUUUUGGAUAAAACAUGUCUUGGAUAAAUACAUAAAUUGUAAAACCCUUGCCAUAAAAUUAGCUACUAUGUUUGGCUCCACUUAUGUAUGUGAAACUUCGUUUUCAAAAAUGACGUUUUUAAAAAACCGAUACCGUUCAAGAUUAACAGAUCACCGCCUUGAAAACACUUUACGCAUCAGUUGUUCUCCAAGAGUACCAGAUUUAAAAAAAUUAGCUCAAGAAAAGAAAUGUCAUUUUUCUCAUUAA